AUGAACUAUGGAGCCGGACCGUCACAUCUACCUUCUUCUUCUUCUUCUGACGACGACGAAAUAUGGUCUCAGUACAUUAAAGAUUGGGAGGAAGAUAUGAUACAAUGGGAGAAGGAAGAUGAACUCUUAGUUCGCGUACAUGCCUCUAAUAAUAAAAUAAUGACUUAUCUCUCUCAAGAGGCAGAGCGGCCAAAGCGUAUUGGCUCAGUUCCUGGUCAUUUGGUGAUCAAUCGCGGGAGGGAAGAAGGUAAUUCUCAACUAUACCAUGAUUAUUUUUCUGAUAACCCUACAUAUGGUGCAAACCUAUUCCGUAGAAGGUUCUGGAUGCACAGGAGUUUAUUCCUUCGUAUAGUUGAGGCGGUACGUGAUCAUGACAACUUCUUCGUACAGAAGAUGGAUGGUGUCAGCAAACUUGGGCUAUCAACUUUACAAAAAGUUACAUCGGCAUUUCGCAUGUUGGCGUAUGGAACAUCAGCAGAUAGUACUGACGAAUAUGUUAGGAUCGGUGAGUCAACUGUAAUUGUAUGUUUAAAGAGAUUUUGCAGAACAAUUGUAGAAGUAUAUGGAGAUGAAUAUCUGAGGACUCCCAAUGUCGACGAUGUUGCAAGGUUAUUGCAAAAGGGCGAAGAAAGAGGUUUUCCAGGAAUAUUAGGAAGUCUAGACUGUAUGCAUUGGCAAUGGAAAAAUUAUCCAAUAGCAUGGGUAAGACAAUACUCAGGUCGUCAUGGAGGUCCAACCAUUAUUCUUGAGGCAGUAGCAUCAUAUGAUCUAUGGAUAUGGCAUGCAUACUUUGGCUUACCAGGAUCCAAUAACGAUAUUAAUGUAUUGCAGUCGUCUAAUUUGUUCGACAAUCUAUCACAAGGUAUUGCUCCUCCUGCUCUUUACACAAUUCAAGAAAAAAAUUAUGAUGUCGGUUAUUAUUUGGCCGAUGGCAUAUAUCCGAAAUGA